CGCCUGGUGGAAAUUAGUCGUAAUCACGGAUUCGGAAGCCAUGUCUUUUUGCUCUUGGUCAGCCAGCGAAAGAUACAAAGAUCACUUUGAAGCAGGAAUCUAUGUGUGUGCAAAGUGUGGCAACCAACUGUUUCAUGCUAAAGCAAAAUAUGCUCACCACACUCCAUGGCCUGCCUUUUCAGAAACAAUAAAUAGUAGCAGUGUUGCUAAAGAAGUAGAAACUGAGCCUCAAAGCUCGUCAGAUGCAAAAGCACUAAAGGUCUUUUGUGGAAAGUGUCGAGCUGCACUAGGCCAUGAAUUUUUGAAGGAUGGACCAAACGAAAGCUCAAGAUUCUGAAUAUACUCAGACACACUGCAGUUUGUUGCAGCCAAACAAACUGCUGAACAAAGCAGCGUGUCUUACAAGCCAGUGACAGAAGAAUCUUAAUAUUUGAAUACAUAAUGUAUCUUAUGUCAAUACGUAGAUAUCUGUUUAAUGUUAGAAUACAAGUUCUAGCUAGGUAGAAAAAUAGUUGACUGAAGACUUUACCUGUUUCUUGGUCCAUAGAUUUUAUGAAGUUUCCAGCCAGCAGCCAUAUUAUGUGGAAGGUUGUUAACUGAAAGUGGUUCUAUGGUAAAAAAGAAUAAAAUACCUAUUUGUGAGACAGA